CAGCAACAGCGCCAUUUGACACGGUCCUGCGGGAUGUGUCAUAGUCUGUGAUAAAUGAGUAGUUCCUAGUUGGAAGCUGUUCUCGCCGAAAACCGUACAAAAAGACAAUGACAAAUUCACGAUGAUUUAAUAAAUUGGUUUUAUGCAAAGAUUAAAAAUCAGUGAAACAUUUGUUCCGAGAUGGUUGCCGCGGAUCUCUUGCCAGAAUGCCUUAGGGACUCCCCGAAAUUCAGAGCCCAGCUUGCCGAGGAGGAGGCCCAGAUUGAACUUUUGGAACAGAAAUUGGAAAAGGUUUUGAAGUCAUGCGGGUCUAUGGUGGAUGCUGGUAAGACUUAUGUGUCCCAACAGACACAGUUUACUAACAGCCUUUGGGAGCUGUUGGUCUGCUUCAAAGAUGAUCCCGAAGCGACAUCCAGGUUCAACAGACUUAUACAAACGCUUCAAGAGAUGACGAAAUACCAGAGCAUACUUCUGGACCAAGCCUCGAGGACGAUUCUUAAAAACAUGUCCAAUUUUGUAAAAGACGAUAUAAAAGGAGGAUGGGACUCGAGACAACAUUUUGACAAAAUAUCAAACGAUUUGGAUAUAGCCCUCUCUAGACAUUCCCAGGUGCCUAAAUCUAAACCGGUCGAAAUUGAGCAGACGCAUGGCAUCCUCCAGGCUACCAUAGCCUGUUUCAGGCACACAGUCUUAGAUCAUGUCUACUGUAUUAGUAUGCUUCAGUCAAGAAAAAAGCCAGAAAUUUUAGGAACUCUUUUGUCAUACAUCCAGGCCAACGUCACAUACUUUCAUCAGGGUCAUGAUCUGUGCGAAGGACUUCAGCCUUUCUUGAGAUCUCUAGAUGAAGAGAUUGUAGGCAUGAGAGUGGAUUCAGGUAAGCUGGACAAAACUUUAGGCAACCGGCACACGAUGGUUAUCAAUGUUGAUGAACUCGAGUCGUCUGAGCCGAUGCAAGGUUAUUUAUUCAAACGGACAUCAAAUGCGUUCAAGACCUGGCAUCGGAGAUGGUUUUGUCUGAAGGACAGCCAGCUUGUCUACAGGAAAAGGACCGGUGAAGAAAAUUACACAGUUAUGGAAGAAGAUCUUAGACUUUGCUCUGUCAAACCUGCAGUCGAUUCAGAAAGAAGGUUCUGUUUUGAAGUAAUCUCCCCAACAAGGAGCCACAUGCUUCAAGCGGAUUCAGAAGAGAUGUUCAAUCGUUGGGUUUUAGCCCUGCAAAAAGGGAUAGGCGCUGCUCUUCAGCUUGUCCUUAAUAACCCAGACCCAAGGAUGCUAUCAGGAUCAAACGGUAAUAGUGCAGUACUUAUUGAAGACUCCAGCAAUAACAAUCGGAAGACGAAGAUUUGGGAUCAACUUGCAAGAAUUCCAGGAAAUGAACUGUGCUGUGAUUGUAAAUCUCCUGAUCCUAGGUGGGCUAGCAUAAAUCUCGGGAUUACACUUUGCAUCGAUUGUUCAGGAGUGCACAGGAGUCUUGGCGUUCAUUAUUCUAAAGUCCGAUCUCUGACACUCGAUGCUUGGGAACCUGAGAUUUUAAAGGUUAUGGCUGAAUUAGGAAACCAAAUAGUAAAUAACGUUUAUGAAGCAAAAUUAGAUUCAACAGUUGCAGUUGCCACCCCAGUGUGCUCAAGUGUUGUGAGAGAAAGUUAUAUUAAAAGAAAAUGGGUCAAUAAGGAUUUUGUUAGCCCAUUAUCUUUAUCGCCGAUGCGUCCCAAAAGAAAAUGGUCUGUGAGGAAAUUAAGACGUAGGGCAAGAAGUAUGGAAAGCAACAACAAAAAGAAAAACACCAAAGCCCUUUCUGAAACCAAGGAAGACGUUGCUGUUGUCGGGGAAAAUCUGAACGUCGAGUCAGAAGCACCUCAUCUCGAACAACUUGACAGUGACAACGAUUCUACAGAUGGCGAGGACAACACUGUGAGUGAAGAAGAUAUAAGUAAGUUAAGUCCGACCAGUCUACUUCAUAAAGCUUCAACCGCUCAUAACAUUCCUGUUAUGUGUCAUGCACUAGCUCUUGGUGCUGACAAGCAUUGGGUCAACCCUGAACAAAACGGAAUGACUCAUCUUCAUCAAGCAGUUUUCAGUGGUUCUGUGAUGGCUUGUGAGUAUCUACUAUUGAAUGGUGUUAAAAUCAAUUUUCAAGACAAUAAUGGGAAAACUGCUUUACAUCAUGCUACAGAGCUAGGUCAUACACAGCAAGUAUGUCUUUUACUUAAGCAUCGAGCUGACCAGCAUUUAAAAGACAAAGACGAUAAAGAGCCUUUGGAUGUGGCAGUGAAUAUGGCACACGCUGAUAUUGUGACUUUACUGAGACUGGGCAGGCUGAACGAGGAAAUGAAGGACUCAGAGGCUGGCACUGGCGAUGAUACUUUUAACGACGUCGUCCGUGACUUUUCUCAACUUACUUUCACAAGUUCGGGUAAGGUGAUCAGACCCGAUGAUAAUAAUUGUAAAGACAGUGACAAACUGGUAUAGCAGCAGUCGAUGCUGGCAAGAUCCAAGUGCCAAAUUAACUGAAAUUUCUAUUUUCAAAUGGGUUCACAUGGAAUCAAUUGAACAUUUGGUUCAUCAUAUCAUUCCUGAUGGCAUUUUUUCUUCUGUACUCUUAUUUUAAAAGUUGCUUGAUUUAUUCAGUACUGCUUUGAAAUUUUUGUAGGUAUAAGACCAGCUUUCAGUAAGUACUUGUAUUAAUGGCAAAAUCCUAAUUGUAUCAUGCACUUGUAAAAUUAAUUUUAAGCAAUUUGUGAACAAAUAAUUUUUAACAAAUUAAAAAACACAACUUAUAUGUAAGGGCACUGAAGUAACCUGCUUAAAGGUUAACGAUAGCAACUAGGAACAGGAGGAUUAAUUUCCUUCGAAACCAAAUUUACCAAAAAUGUCUUGCCUGUUUUUAAAGAAAUAUUUAUUGUUAAAAUAAUCAACGAAAAGCCGGUGUUGAAUUAUAUUGAAUGUUUUUAAAAAUUUGUACCUAUAUAUUUUUUUACUCGAUAUUGAAAAAGAUCUUGCCCGUGUAAAUGUGAUAAAUGAGCCAUUUAAAAUAAUUUUUAAGUGAACAAUUGAGUUGUAUUUUAAACCAAAUAUUUCUCCAGAGAAUAUUAUUGUUGACAUAUGAAACUUUAUUGUAGAUAGAUAUUAUUGAAUGAAAUAAUACAAACACCCAAGAUAUUUGAACAUUUUCUAUUAGGAAAACAGAUCUGAAAUAUAUAAUUUUUUUAAGUAA